AUGAAUGCCCUGAGAUUGAAUUUGGGAGGAGCCCCGGAAGGGCCGGCCGGAACCGGAAAAACAGAAACUUGUAAAGACCUUGCGAAAGCCGUAGCAAAGCAGUGUGUUGUGUUCAACUGCUCUGAUGGUUUGGACUACAAAGCAAUGGGGAAAUUCUUGAAAGGUUUGGCCCAGUCUGGUGCCUGGGCAUGUUUUGAUGAAUUCAAUCGAAUAGAAUUAGAGGUGUUGUCUGUGAUAGCCCAGCAAGUGCAAACCAUCCAACGUGCGAUAACCGAACAGGCGACCAUGUUUGUGUUUGAAGGCACGAAAAUAUCCUUGGAUCCAACUUGCAGCAUUUUCAUCACAAUGAAUCCAGGUUAUGCGGGAAGAGCAGAACUUCCAGAUAAUUUGAAGGUUCUUUUUAGAACGGUCGCCAUGAUGGUCCCCGACUACGCGAUGAUCGGAGAAAUAUCCUUAUAUUCAAUGGGAUUUGUUGACGCCAGGAGUCUUUCCAUAAAAAUUGUCGCAACGUAUAGGCUUUGUUCUGAGCAAAUCUACGACAUGGUUCUUGUUCGACACGGAUUAAUGAUUGUCGGUGACCCUGUCGCGGGAAAAACCACUGCUUAUAAAUUAUUAGCUGAGGCCCUUGGAGAUCUUCAUCGCCAAAACCUUAUGGACGAAUUUCCAGUUGAAUAUCGAAUAAUAAACCCUAAGGCUAUAACAAUGGGUCAGCUCUAUGGAAGAUUUGAUCCCAUCUCUCAUGAAUGGGCGGACGGUGUUUUGGCCAAUACCUUUCGCGAGCACGCUUCAAGUGUGAAUGUCACCCGGAAGUGGACGGUCUUUGAUGGGCCUGUUGACGCAGUGUGGAUAGAGAAUAUGAACACAGUUUUGGAUGACAAUAAAAAACUUUGCCUGAUGAGUGGUGAAAUCAUUCAAAUGAGCAAGUGGCAAAAUUUAAUGUUUGAAGUUCAUAAUUUAGAGCAGGCAUCGCCAGCCACCAUUAGCAGAUGUGGGAUGAUAUACAUGGACCCGGCACAAUUAGGAUGGAAUGCAUUGGUUUGGUCAUGGAUGCAGCAAAAUCUGCAUGGUUUCACGGAUGCUGAGAAAGAAACAGUCAAAUUCCUUUUUGAUUGGCUUCUCCCACCAAGCCUGAACUUUGUUACCCUCCAGUGCCACCAAAUUGUGCCUUGUCAACAAAUGCAUAUGGUUCUCAGCAUGAUCAAAUUGUACGGAGUCCUUCUUAAAGAGAUCAGGUAA